AUGGAAGAAACACCAGUUAAGGUGGCAGUGCGCAUUAGACCCCUUCUCCCAAAGGAGAUUCUCCACAAUCAGCAUGUGUGCGUGAGAGUCAUCCCCAACACCCAGCAAAUUAUCAUUGGCAAAGACCGGCCCUUUACCUUUGACUUUGUGUUUGGACAAAAUUCUGUACAAGAUGAAGUGUACAUUACUUGUAUAAAACCCUUGGUUUCAUCCUUGAUUGAGGGCUACAAUGUCACAGUUUUUGCAUAUGGACAAACUGGCUCUGGAAAGACCUACACAUUAGGCGGAGGACAUGGGGUUUCUAUGGCUGCCAAAGAAAAAGGAAUCAUUCCACGAGCUAUCCAGGAAAUCUUUCAAAGGAUCACAGAGAAUCAUAUCACAGACUAUACAGUAAAAGUAUCCUACAUAGAGGUCUACAAGGAAGAACUGAGGGACCUGCUGGAUCUUGAAACAUCUUCCAAAGACAUGCACAUCAGAGAGGAUGAGAAACGAAAUACAGUAAUUGUGGGAGCAAAAGAGUGCCUUGUGGAAAGUGCAGAUGAAGUAAUACAACUCCUGGAUGGUGGCAAUGCCGCUCGUCAUACUGGGACUACACAAAUGAAUGAAUUUUCUAGUCGUUCCCAUGCUAUUCUCACAAUCAGUGUUGAUCAGCAGGUAUUGAACCUUGAGGGAGCUAAUAGGACUGUUUGGAAUACUGGCGAAACCUCUGCCACAUCUGUUCAGCUCAUCUCCUCAAAAUUCCACUUUGUAGACCUGGCAGGCUCCGAGAGAGUCACCAAGACAGGCAACACGGGUGAGCGGUUUAAGGAAUCAGUGCAGAUCAACAGUGGAUUAUUGGCAUUGGGAAAUGUUAUAAGUGCCCUUGGAGAUCCCAGACGCAAAAGCCAACAUGUGCCAUAUAGAGAUUCAAAGAUUACUCGCAUACUUAAGGACUCUCUGGGUGGCAAUGCCAAAACCCUAAUGAUUGCCUGCAUUAGUCCAUCUUCAUUCAAUUUUGAUGAAUCACUCAACUCUCUUAAAUAUGCAAACAGGGCAAGAAGUAUUAGGAAUAAACCUAUAGUCAAUUAUAAUCCAGACUGGGACCGUAUAAAUGAGAUGGAGCUAGAGAUUCAGGCAUUGAGACAAGCUCUGCAAAACCGACGAGGAGCUUUAGUGAACCGUGCCAACCAGGCAUCUCAGAGUCUUACUGAGGAGCAAGAGAAGAUUCGAAUUCGCUCAUUAGAGGAGAGAUUAGCACUUCUGCAGUUUGAGUGCUGCCACUACCGAAAUUGCACUGAAGAUGCUUUCCGUAUUCUUUUGGAGCUGAAAGGAACAGGAAGUCUACCAAAAAGCCAAUUGUGCAAGCUUCAGGAAUGGAUAGACGUAACAGAAGGGUUUCAAGCUGAUAACUCCACACCAAGACUGAACAGCACUGCGGAAGAAGAAGCUCAUCUUAUCACCUGUUUACAGCUUAAAAGAGAACUGAAAAAAUGCCAGGAUGCACUGGCAGCAGAUGAGAAAGCAUUUAGCCAAAAAGAAGCUGAAUUAAAACAAUUGCAGGCCCGGAUCAACACAGUUCUUCAAGAGAAUAAGGUGCAUUUAGCAUUUCUCGAUGAAGAAGAAAAUAAACAGAAACUCCAGAAAGAGAAGAUGGUAGAACAGCAACUACUUAUUGAUCGACUGCGACAACAACUACAGGGCAGCAAUACCAUACUGUAUAAAUCUUGCUUGUCCACAGAUGGGACUUCAGAUAAUGAUUCCAGGUGUGUGAAAAGGUCAUACAGUGUCCCUCAUCAAUCCAGUCAAACUGAAAGUUUCACUGCAACAAAGGUGACCCAGAGAACAUCAAAAAAGGUAGUAGUUGUCUCUUUGCAAAUAAUUUUUUAUAUAUUAAAUUUAUAA